AUGGAACCCGAAAACGAGCUAGCUUCGCAUGUGUUCCUUGUCGAUCUCGUAAGGCAUGGCAUUUCUGUGAUGAACCCAUCAUCAUUGCGCAUAAUCAUUCCUGGCGUGGAUGAUGCCCCAAGCUGCAAUCAAAGCAACAGUGUGCAGGAAGAGGGAGUGCUUGCCAGCAGUUGCGAUGAGCAUACUGCUCAGCAAAGGGCGCGUUCGCCUGCCGUCUUACAGCUUGAUGGAUCCAGCCCUAGUACUAGCCAAAACACUGCUCUCCUGGAUGACUGCGAAGCUGCCAACAUUGAAGAGUCCUGUGAGGAACGGCCGGCCCCCUUUGCCAGGUUUCCCAUCGGUAUUUCGAACAAUGCCUUCACUAUCUACUCUUAUUAUCCAUUCAUUCAUUGCGGCAGCAUUCACAAAUUGCACCCGGAUGAUGUCUGCUACCUGGAUCAACGAGGAUGUUUUCGUGUUCCGUCCCAGGCCAUCUUGGACGAGUUCGUCCAGGAAUAUUUCCUACACGUUCACCCAGUACUUCCAAUCUUAGACGAGGGUGAAUUUUGGAAAUCAUACAAUCAGACAUCUGAAUCCUCCUCCAAUGAAAGCAAUAAUAGAAUUCCUCUGUUCCUUUUCCAGGCGAUUCUUUUUGCAGGCUGCAGUUUCUUGCCUCUGCCCAUGGUACAAAGCAUGGGCUUUGAGAGCAUCCAAGCUGCACGGGCAGCCUUCUACAGCCGCGCUAAGGCCCUUUUCGAUCUCGAUACUUGCCGCGAUGCGAUCUCCUCGUCACACUGCGCUCUGCUCUUAACCUAUUAUACUAGUGCCGCCGAUGCAACAGUAAAUUCGUACUGGGUUAAUGUUGCCGUUCACUACGCAAGGCAAGCAGGCGCGCACUCCGACAUUCAUGAGUCGGACGUAUCCCCAGCGCGUCGCAACAUCCUCAAACGUCUUUGGUGGGGCUGCAUAUGCCGGGAUCGUACUAUAUCCCUUGGACUUCGCCGGCCCCUCCAGAUUAUCAUCGAUUCUUCCAAGACACAAUACCCAAUGUUAACAGAGGAUGACUUUGAAAUAAGGGUCUUCAUCGCUCAGUGUGAGCUCUUAUUGCUCCUAUCGGAUAUCUUGGAUAUCUCAUCUGCACGAAAGACCACUGUGCCACCACUGGACGCCAACCAUAAAAUACAGAAAUUGAGGGAAUCGAUGUCAAAUCUUGAUUCGUGGUACAAGCAGAUGCAUAACACCUUUCUCUACGCCUACAUGAUCCCCGAUAGACGCAAAUCCUUGACGUUAUACAUCAGUAUCAUUCACAUUUAUUAUUAUUCUGCCAAGAUCGCAGCUUGUAAUUGCGCAUUGUCCUUGUCAAUGGCAUCGUCAUCGCAGGAGGAAACUGGGUACGAUGUUGGGGGAGAUUCUACUGAGUCAGAGCUCGAGUCUGCGCUGCAUGGCAACACUGAAGCCCUAGAAAGUGUUUUGCAAAUGGGAUUAGCGAAGUACCUCCCAGUAACGAUUACUGCGUUAAUUGCACUGCCACUUGCAUGGUCCUAUCGCAGAUUGUUUGCCGUACCAAGGCCUUUCCGGGAUGAAAGAAGGAAACAAGAUUUGAAAUUAUACAUUGCUGUCAUGAAUGAGCUGAGGGUUCGUUACCAAGGUGCAGAGGAGCUGUUGGAAUACAUUCGAACGGCGAUCAAUUACGAGAAUGAUCCUAGACGACUACACGGAUCCGGAGACUUCAUGGCUCACAUGGAUGAAGAAAUUACCACGCAGCAAGCUGCCGAGAUAGCAGGUUCGAAAGCGAUCGAAAUUGCAAGGCAUCAUUCACGAAAAGACGUAAGGCUUGCUGUCAUCGUAAAUAUUUGCUUAGCAAAGGGAACAUUUCCACAGGAAGCAGAUAUGCCAGGGUCGCUCCAACUAAUCCAUUCCUCUGUGCACAUGAAUCUCAACAAGAGCCAGGGUACCAACCAGAAACUCAACAAGAUGGGAGAGACUCAGAGGCGGAUUACCCAAAAAUCCGAGGCUAGUGCCGAAAUGGAGGCGAAUGAUUCACAUAGAAACGAAGAGGAUCCGCUACUACCUCGUUUUCGCAAAUAUGGCUCGACCUUCGAAGAGACUCCUUCAGCUGGUACCUGGGACUUGCGACCAUUUCCAUUCCCUGUGUCUUCCGCUUCGUUCUCUUCUCACGAGGAAAUCGACUCGGGUUUCGAUUUCAACUCUUCCGCCGCAGACUUCCUACCAUACAUGGAUCUCUUGCAGGAAUUUGUUGCUCCUUAA